AUGUCAUCCGCUACGCCAUCAGAAGCUAGUCACUCUUCAGUUUCGCACAACAUCGUCCAGAACCAAGAUGAAAAUACCAAUAGCGAAACUGCUUUGGUUCUACAAUCCGAUCUUGUUAAAGAAGAACGUGUCAGGCAUGAGCAUGUACUUGAUCAUGCUUGCUCGCUUUUGGAUAGCCAGGGUCCCGGCAAUGUCCGUAUUGGUGUUGCAUUGAGUGCAGAAUCCUCUCUACAAGUUAAUACUGCAGAAAAUGGUAAGAAAUUUGUGCCUAUCACUUUGUUCAAGUUGUACGUCGAUUGUUCUAACGUCUUCCAAGUUUCAUUUAACAAUCUUCCCAGCCCAACCAUAAGCUGCAAUGUGGACUCUCCUCAUGGGCGAUUUCACGAGCACAGUCAACAUCAGCCUGUCGUGCAAACGACUGAGCAGUCUGAACAAAGUCCCCGGAAACCAAUUCCUGCUCAUUGGCUUCCCAAAGCCGCCAGCCCAAAACUUGCAACUGCACAACGUGCGAAAGAACGAACAUUGAAGAAAAUCUCUGAUAAUGGCUCGCCGGGAUAUUCGAAGGGAAUUCGUACAACGCGAAGCUCCGUGGACUUGGGUAGAUCUCAUGGCAGAGAGGGUACAACAUAUCUGACAAAAGAGGCUCUGGAAGCUGUUGAAGCCACAAUGACGUCCCCUGGAAAGCAUACAGGUUCUGUCAAAUUUUCUAGUUCUGCUUCAAAGCCAGUGUGGAAUAGCCCUACAUCGCCGCUACGCAGUGUUGCACGCCAGCAAUCCGGGUGCUCGCUCAAGAUGUCACCCACAAAGUCAUCGCACCAUCCAAACAAGUCUAUCGCAGCGGGUCAAUCGCGAGUAUCGAAUACUGACACUGUAUCCGCAACCAAGGCUUCGUUUUGUGCUACGGAUGGCUCACCGCAUAAGCCUCGGAAUGUCAAUACAGCAUCGGUCUCGCCGGUGAAACCCAAGAGUGAAAACCAACCAAUCUCCAAGGCCAAGGUUUCUCUUCGUAUGAAUGUGCCGAAUGCAAGUACCGACCACAACAAAGAUUUUAGCGAACUGAGCCCAAAGGCUACAAAAGCUUCUGAAAGUAAUGGUUCGAUGGGUCCAGUUUCUAGCACAUGCACAUCUCGCAUUCCUCGUGUCGGCACAACAAACAAGGACCAGAACUCAUCCCGUAUUUCCGCUCUGCGGCGAGCAAAGUCUGCAGUAGGGACCAUGCGAUCAAAAGCAAAGGUUCUCAUAGACAUUCCUGUGGUAUCAAAUGAAAUGACUCUAUCCAACACGCCCAUGUCUAAUACCUCACGUGGUCAUUCGGAUGAAAACACGCAUCCAAAUACUAUCGACUCUCAGCAUCGGGAUCUUGACCUCGGAACGAAAAAAGAAGGAUAUUCCCGGCAUAUCGAUUCUCAAGACCAUAAGUCAGUGCACGCUCACUUCUACAUGCCAAACAACCCGGCGGGCAACGAUGAAAUUGGUUUGUGUCAAGAUGAGAGCCAUCCUGAAUCAAAUCCAGUUGGAGUGUGUGGGUAUUCAGGCUACGUCCCAAGCACUCCACCAUUUUUGAAGGCUUCCCGCAGGGCCACAAGCAACUCUUAUGAGAAGGUAUCUCGAGAUGGUGCGGACCCGACUCUUACGGAUUCCGCAAUAUUUUACAGCCUCAGAAAAACAGAUGAUUUUGACAAUACUUUGAUCGAUACUGCCUCCAACAACGCAGCUUCUACUGCCUCUGAAUAUGCACAUGUUGGUGAGAGUGCUGAGUCGACACAUGCAACAAGCGAGGGUGGUCCAUCCGAACCUGGGAAUCAAGUCGAAAACGAACAUCAAACACACACUAGUUUAUGCUCGGACCUCCGACCGACUGCCACUGAAUUUGUACCCAAAAUGAUGCUCACGUCUGGCUCGACUGAGCCUGCGACCGAGCCUGAAGCUCUAGCUUCGCUUCAAGAUGUUGCUGGCCUACCAGACAUGACGUUACUUGAUAGACAUGGUAUACCAUUUCUCUGGUACAUGUACGGUAUCCAGUUUGCCUAUGAACAGGGUUUCAGGAACGGCCGGCCCAAGUCUCCCCGUAAGUUCAAGCCUAAAAAACAACGCGGUCCAGCAUUGUCAUCUAGCGAUGCUCCGCAUGCCAUCUCUCAUGACAGUCCUGCUAUUAUGAUGACAAGACUGGAUCCAGUGUCCACACCAGCAAAGCAGGAAGUGCCCUCCGCAGAGCUAGUGUUGCGUCCUACCGUACCUGCUCACGACCCCUGCCCUGUUUACAAUCAAGAAUUGAUUCAGCCAAACUCCCACGACGACGGGCCAGUGCACAAAGCCUACGGUGCUGUGACACACCAGCCUUUUGCAAGGCAAUUCGAUAAGAUCGCCGAGUAUACCGAUAUCAGGAGCAACAACACUCCCCGCCACUACAACAUUGACUUCACUAAGAUACAAAACGCCGGUUUCCCCACGGGGCCACGCAGCAUGCAGGAUCACAUGUAUCACAAACCGUCUCGAUACGACUAUCGGAAUCACCGUCGACUCGGAAACGGUCUGUAUGGCGGUCGAGGCAACGCCGCUGGCAUUCCUAUAGGAGCUACCGCGCCGUUUCCCAGCCCUGUCCCUCCGCAAGGCCGCCCGGAUCAGACGCACAACCACAGUGGGGGCGUGAGUGACUAUACUGAGUGCUCGAUUGGAACGGAGGCGUGUGGCAUGGUCGAUAUCGUAUCUGCGACUGAACUGAUUGGUGGUCGGCCAUGCAAUGCGUGUGAUCCUGGUCACUAG